AUGAAUUCUGUAUUCGAAAAGCUCCGUAAGAAAGACUCUCGAGUAAAUGUGAGACGUAUUUCAAAUGGGGCGGAAAAGAUCUCUAUUGCUACGGAUAAUGUGUCUCUGCACACUGAGAAAGAAGUCAGCCCUUUGGAUACGGGUGAUGGAAUAGAACCUAUUACCAUUCGCAACUCUUGCGUUCUCGCCCAGAAUAUUGAUGCUCUUUUGGCGGACUCCGCUGCAUUAACAUUUUUCAUACAAUUCUUGGAAUGUUAUGGUAGGUUCUCAGAUACGCUGCUCUUUUUUUCUGGAUGCAUAAUAUUAGGAUCCCUCAAAAUUUGA